ACAAUCGCGAAAAAAUGGCAAAAAUUAUUUUAAGUGCCGUGGUGUGUCUGGCCAUGUUUGGCUCAAUGGCUGUGGCCGCUGGUCCCUGUCUUGAAGCUAAUGGCACCUACCCCGUGUCCGGUUCCUGUGAUGCCUAUAUUGAAUGUAGAAAUGGUGUUCCAGAGGAGAAAUUGUGUCCCGAUGGUUUGCUGUUCAAUGGCAGAACUUCUGGUUAUCCCUGUGGCUAUCCCAUUGAAGUUCAAUGUGAUCAACCCCAAGCUCGUAGCCAACCUCCCCAAUCCACCGACGAAUGUCCACGUCAAUUUGGUUAUUAUCGCAUGGGUGAUUCCAAGAACUGUGGCCAAUUUAAGAAUUGUGCUUCGGGACGUGGUUAUAUCCUUGAUUGUCCUGAUGGUUUGGCAUGGAACCCGGCCACCUAUAGAUGUGAUUGGCCCGAUCAAGUUGAGGAUUGUGAUGCUGAGGCCUUUUUGGGUUUCAAAUGCCCAGCAUUGCCAGCCAGAUCCCCCCUGUUGGGUGAACCCGAGGAGGAAUACACCUUCUAUCCAUCGCCCAACAAUUGCCAGCAAUAUUACUUGUGCAUCGAAGGUCGUCCAAGACGUAUCUCCUGCGGUGAAGAUCAGGCUUUCAAUGAAGAGUUGAAACAGUGUGAUGAUAUUGAAAAUGUACCCAACUGUAGUCCUGAAAUUAAACAACGUGGAAUUGAAAUUAAAAAUGCCCGCUUGUCGGCCGCCGCUGCCAGAAAGGCUGGACACAAAUAAU